GUCCCCCUGCGCAGCCUUUAUUAUGCGCAACUUCCGUUAGCUCGGCCUUUUCACUUGGUAGGGACGGAAGGAACGCACCGUCAAAAUGAGUAAGGUUUCGCGGGAUAUGCUGUAUGAGGUCGUCAAGGAGGUCCAAGCGGGCGCCUUGGCCAAACCCAGAAAGUUUACGGAGACAGUGGAGCUUCAAAUCAGCUUGAAGAAUUAUGAUCCCCAAAAGGAUAAGCGUUUCUCUGGCACCGUCAGGCUGAAGAGCCUGCCCAGGCCCAAGUUCUCAGUGUGCGUCCUGGGAGACCAGCAGCAUUGUGAUGAGGCUAAAGCCGCCAACAUGCCCCACAUGGACAUCGAGGCCCUCAAGAAGCUCAACAAGAACAAGAAAUUGGUCAAGAAACUGGCCAAGAAGUAUGAUGCCUUCCUCGCUUCGGAGUCUCUGAUCAAGCAGAUCCCUCGUAUCCUGGGCCCUGGGCUCAACAAGGCCGGCAAGUUCCCCUCCCUGCUGACCCACAACGAGAACCUCAACACCAAAGUGGAGGAGGUCAAGUCCACCAUCAAGUUCCAGAUGAAGAAGGUGCUCUGUCUGGCCGUUGCUGUCGGUCACGUCAAGAUGACUGAUGAGGAGCUUGUGUACAACAUCCACCUGGCUGUUAACUUCCUGGUGUCUCUGCUGAAGAAGAACUGGCAGAACGUGCGCGCCCUCUACGUUAAAAGCACCAUGGGAAAGCCCCAGCGACUCUACUAGUGCUUUUCUGUAAUAAAAAAUGUGGAUUGGAUCCAACUCU